CCACUCUUUUUCCCACCCAAACUCAGCCAACUACUACUGGGGUGUGCGACGUCAGGCUUUCGCAUCAUCUUGGUUCAACAUACAAUUCAUUUGCGAUGAUUCGCUUCAUACUUGUGCAAAACCGCCAAGGAAAGACGAGAUUAGCCAAGUGGUAUGUUCCGUAUGAAGAUGACGAAAAGGCCAAGCUGAAAGGAGAGGUACACCGCUUGAUUGCUCCAAGAGACCAAAAGCAUCAGAGUAACUUUGUGGAGUUUCGAAAUUAUAAGAUAGUCUACCGUCGAUAUGCAGGUCUGUUUUUCUGUGUCUGCGUAGACGCGAACGACAACGAAUUAGCGUAUCUGGAAGCCAUCCAUUUCUUUGUGGAAGUUCUCGAUGCCUUCUUCGGAAAUGUUUGUGAGCUCGACCUCGUAUUCAACUUUUAUAAGGUGUACUCCAUCCUCGACGAAGUUUUCUUAGCCGGUGAGAUAGAAGAAACGAGCAAGAACAUUGUCUUAACUCGUUUAGACCAUCUGGACAAACUGGAAUGAAUCGAUAUAGAUCGAACAGAACUUAUACCUUGCCCAAAUUUAUUCGAACAAAGAUGUUGCGAUCAUUUGUACAUACUACUUUAUAAAGAAGGAUUUACUUUUCCAUUUCAUUUCAUGUUAUCAUAUUAAUCUUGAUCCAUUGAAUCGCGAUCUUGAUCGUCCCUCCUUCGAGCUUGUUCUUCAAUCGCAGCCAAAAAUGCCUCUACGCCUUUAUGACGUUCGGAU